AAAGCCAACAUGGCGGCGCCCGAAAGAGUUGCCGAUGAGUUUGAAAGCUGGUUGAACAUUCGGCUUGAGUCGCUUGGAGUAGAUCGAGAUGUUUAUGGAACUUACAUUCUUGGGGUGCUUCAAGAAGAAGAGACUGAUGAUGAAAAGACAGAUGCCCUGCAAGGUAUUAUGUCUGCAUUUCUGGAGGACGAUACGCUUGAAGAUGUGUGCAGAGAGAUCAUCAGACACUGGACAGAGAGCUGCUCUUCUUCAUCAGCCAAGAACACUCAAUCGGACGCCGAGGUUCAGGCGAUUGCCAACAUGAUUGAGAAACAGGCCCAGAUUGUUGUGAAGCAGAAGGAGGUGUCUGAGGAGGCGAGGAAGAGGAAGGAGGCCCUCCUUGCCCAGUAUGCCAAUGUCAGCGAUGGAGAGGAUGAAGGUGCUGAGGAGGAGGAGACUGGAGCAACAUGCACUUUUGACAGCGAAAAAUCCCUGUUCAAGAACACCAAUGUGGAAGACGUGCUUGCUAAGAGGAAGCUCCAGAGAGAGCAGGCCCGUGAGAGUGCUCAGAAGAAGAAAGAGCAGGAUAAGAUGCAGCGAGAGAAGGACAAACUAGCCAAGCAGGAGAGGAAGGACAAGGAAAAGAAACGCACACAGAAAGGGGAGCGCAAAAGAUAAAAACCCGUACUCCUGGACAUGUUGAGAGAUUCUCUUUUUUCACCAUUUCUUAUACAAGACACUGUUACAUGAACAUCUGAAGUUUUCUCCAUCACCGGUUGUCAUUGUUUUCAUACUGGACUAAACAGCUUCAUACUGAAGUACACAAUCUGGUGAUGAGAGCUGAGCAGACCAUUUUGAAAACAUAAUUUCAACGUACGUUUUGAACCCCUCAAAAUACCCAUGGUAUUGUAACCAAGUUCAGUAGAUUUAUUGACAUUACAUGCUGUUGGAGGUUACCUUGGAUACCUCAAUAUGUAGCCUAUCAUGCCAGUAAGCCAUGCAGUUUAUUGCAGGUCUGAACUGAGGCAAAAAUCCCCAAAAUGAUUGUCUCCACCUAUGGCUACAUCAUAUUUAAUAAUAUAUGACAGGUGAAGUAUGAUUAUGCAGAUAUUUGAGUUCACUAAAAAGAAAUUAUGUGGCACUGCUUUUGAAUUCUCAGUGAAUGAGUGUGUAGGUG